AUGGAAGGAUCCAAGUUACAGAGUGAGGAGAGAGUAGUGGAGGACAAUGAUCAUAAGCAUCUUCGUAUUCAAAUUCGUAGGUUAAGAGCCCGAAGAGUUAACCUUGCUCCAAGGGUUAAGCCAAAGAAAUCCUCAAGCACAUCAACUACCAAGAAGGAUCAGCGACUGGUUAUUACUGCAUUCCCAUGUCAUGAGGUGUUCAUGUUUCUGAAUCAACAUUUCCUUGGAGCCCUUCAAUGUUGUUCUUGCAUUCAAAGUCCACCUAAAGCCUCAAAGUGGCCACUUUGCUAUGAUCCUCAAACACCUCCUGAUUGUCGCAGGAUCACUUUCUUCAGCAUCCCUUUUGUCCAUCUUCCAACCAUGCCACCAUUUUUGGUUUCUCUACGCCAUAGGGUUAUAUAUACCACUAAUGCUGGCUCAUCAUUACUUGCUGGUGUUAAAGGUGGUAACAAGACUUAA